AUGUGAAGACGACUUCAAAUAGUCGUCAAAAAUUUAUUUUGAAAUUUUUCAAACAUUUUGUUUUCGUUUAAAUUAUAUUAUAUAAUAUUGAGUUAUAAAUUAAAUAACUCAGAAAUAAUGAUGCCAGUGUAAGAAAUGUAGGUUAUUGCGUCAUUGAGGCGAUAAUAUUUUUUUGAGUUCAUUUCGCAUGCUGUCAUUUGACGCACGUGACAUAACCUAUAAACUUAAUUUAGUUAUUUUUAAACAAACAAUAAAAUUUUCAAUAUGAUUUGUUCAAGAAUUAUUAGUAAAAGAAUUAGAAAUGCAAGUGUUAUUUUUAAAAGAGAUUUUCAACAAAAUAAAAUAGAAAUUACCAAGCCCGAAAUUACGGAAAUUCAAAUCAAAGUUCCAUGGGGUAUUGUUGCAGGCAAAUUGUGGAAUUCUUCACAGGAUCAACAGCCAAUUUUAGCGCUUCAUGGCUGGCAAGAUAAUGCAGGAUCAUUUGAUUUACUUGCUCCAUUAUUAAAAAAUCAUUCAAUAUUAGCGAUAGACAUGCCUGGUCAUGGAUUUUCAAGUUGGCUACCAAAAGGCAUACCCUAUGAAGAUACAACAACAAUUCUUCUAAUUCAAAGAUUAAAACGACAUUUUAAAUGGCAAAAAAUAAAAUUUCUCGGACAUUCAGCAGGUGCACUUGUGAGUUUUAUUUAUGCGUCACUUUAUCCUGAGGACACACAAUUUGUUAUUGCUCUCGAUAGUUUGCAAUAUAAACCAAUAAUUGAUGUUGCAAAACAUAAUUGUGAGUAUGCGAAAAAUAUUGAUAAAUUUGUUGAUUUAGAAAUGAAAAAUACAUCGAUACCAAGUUAUAAAGAAGAUGAAUUUAUAAAAAAAUGGAUAACGGGUACAAAUAAUUCUUUAAAUGAAACUACCGUCAAAAUUAUGAUGAUUCGUGGAGCGAAAAAAAUGAAAGAUAAAACAUUUAUUUUCAAUCGGGAUCCACGUGUGAAAUUAAACAUUCCAUUGAGAGUUAUUUAUACACGUAAAUAUUUAGAAAAAAUGUCGAGACUAAUUAAAUGUCCAUAUUUAGUUUUACGAAGUUUUACAACAUCUGACGAUGAAUUUUCAUCAAAUAUUAUUGAAAUAAUGAAAACAAAUUGUCAAGAAUUUUCAAUUGUUUCCAUGUUUGGAACUCAUCAUUUGCAUUUGACAAAUGCAAACAGUGUGGCUGAAACUUUAAAACCAUUUUUAGAAUCUCAUGGUUGAUUGUAAAAAUAUUUGUUAAAAUAGUAUAAUAAUAAUAAUAAUAAUAAUAAUAAUAAUAAUAAUAAUAAUUUAUAAUAAAAAUAAACAUUUUGAUAGGAAAAUAAUUUUUCUUUUUUUUUGAAAUAAAGUUGUAUUGAUUUAUAAACAUAAAAAUAAAUUUAAGAGUCCAAACAAAUUAAGACUCUCAAAACUUGA